AUGCUCCAGUUCAUGUGCCUCACCCUGCUCCUGGGCUAUGCCUACGGUUGUGGCAAGCCUUACUAUGAGCCUAACAUCGCCCGGGUGGUAGGAGGCGAAGAUGCCAGACCCCACAGCUGGCCUUGGCAGAUUUCCCUCCAGUAUGACAAGAACGGAGUCUGGGCUCACACAUGUGGUGGGACUCUCAUUGCUACCAACUGGGUCUUGACUGCAGCCCACUGCAUCAGCAACAGCAGAAAGUACCAAGUCGUCUUGGGGAAACAGAACCUGAAGGAAGAAGAGGCCGGCUCCGUGGCUGCUGGUGUGGAAAAGAUCAUCGUCCAUGAGAAGUGGAACUCUAUCCAGAUCAUCAAUGACAUUGCCCUGAUCAAACUAGCUGAGCACGUGGUACCGAGCAAAACAAUCCAGCCUGCCUGCCUGCCGCCAGCGGGCGAGAUACUGCCCCAAGGCUUCCCCUGCUAUGUCACUGGAUGGGGGCGUCUCUGGACCAACGGCCCCGUUGCUGACAUCCUCCAGCAGGCCUUGCUGCCCAUCGUGGACCAUGCCACGUGCACUCUGCCAGACUGGUGGGGCAGCACCGUCAAGACAACUAUGGUCUGUACAGGAGGAGAUGGAGUCGUUUCUGGGUGUAACGGGGAUUCUGGAGGCCCCUUGAAUUGCCAUCCUGGUGACAGGUGGGAGGUGUCCGGCAUCGUGAGCUUUGGAUCUGGUUGGGGCUGCAACAUUCUUAAGAAGCCGACUGUCUUCACACGUGUGUCUGCCUACAUUGAGUGGAUAAACGAGAAAAUGGCUCAAAACUGA